AUGAGAUUCAUAGCGGAUUUGAUUCAUCUCAUGUUGAUUCAGCUGGAGUGAACGGAUCCGCGCCGGUUCUGUUGCGGGUUCUGCGGGAUUCGGGCCCGAUUCUGGUUCUGCGGGUUUUUCCUGAUUUAAACGGACUCACGAAUCGCGAUUCGGAUUCGGAUCUGAUGCGCGUGAAUGAAAUGCCAUGAAUAUAAACAUCUAUAAUAAUAAUCUGAAAUCAUUUAUGUGCUGAUCUUCAGAUUGUAUUCACGCGCUUAUUGAUGGAUUUAUGUCUCGUGGAUCUGAUUUGUUCAUAUAAAUGAUCAGUUAUUAUUGUUUAUUUACAUGAUCACACCGUGUAUUGUUAUUGUGUUGCUGGAUUCUUUCACAUAUUGAUCAGAAUCAAAGAACACGAUCAUCUUCAGAAGGAUUCUUCUCGUUCUGAUUCGGUUCUGGAAUGAAUGUGCUCCUGCAAACACACAUGAUGAUGAUGAUGAUGAAGAGCUGAUGAAGAUGAUGACGAUGCUGGAGUCACAGAAUGCGAGUCAGGAGAUCGGUGAGGAGGUGGAGGAUGGAGUCGUGUUCAGUAUCUCUCUGAGGAAGGUCCAGAUGUAUCAGACGGGCGGUAAAGGUCAGCGCUGGUUGGGUGUGGACUCGGACGCGUCCGUCAGUCUGUAUGACACGUGUAAGCUGCGGACCAUUAAAGCGGGAACACUGGAGCGUCUGGUGGAGUACAUGGUGACCGCCUUCAGAGGAAAUGACUCCACAUACGUCACCAUCUUCCUCUGCACAUACAGAACGUUUGCUACAACCAAACAAGUGCUCGACCUCCUGCUCAACAGAUAUGCUAAACUGCAGCAUCAUCCCGGCGGUGAAGCACGUAGAAUGACCCCCGAUGAACGCACAGAACUCAGGAACACUAUCUCCUCUAUACUGGGUGCCUGGCUGGAUCAAUAUUCCGAGGACUUCUGGAAACCUCCGGAAUACAGCUGUCUGAGACGACUGAUCCACUAUCUGCAGCUCAACUUCCCCGGCUCUGAUCUGGAGCGACGCGCAUGUAACCUCCUGACGCAGUUCCACCGCAGACUCCAGCAGGAAUCAGACCAGGACGCGUUGGAUCAGGGAUGUUGUUCUUUCACACUGCUGGAAGAGAACGGAUUUGAUGAAGAUCGGCCUGAUUUCCUGACCUUUGACCCUACAGUGGUGGCGGAGCAGUUUACCCUCAUGGACGCAGAGCUGUUUAAGCGUGUGGUGCCGUAUCACUGUCUGGGCAGCAUCUGGUCUCAGAGAGAUAAGAAAGGAAAAGAACAUCUGGCGCCGACCAUCAGAGCAACCGUCAGCCAGUUCAACCGCGUCACCAACUGUGUCAUCUCCACCUGCUUGAGUGACCGAACACUCAAACCCGCGCAGAGAGCGCGAAUACUGGAGCACUGGAUCCAAGUGGCCCGAGAGUGUCGGAUCUUGAAGAAUUUCUCGUCUCUGCGUGCGAUUCUGUCGGCGCUGCAGUGUAACCCGGUUCACCGGCUCAAGAGGACGUGGGACGAGGUGUCACGUGAAAAUAUUCGCAUCUUCCAGGAGCUUUCCGAGAUCUUCUCUGAUGAGAACAACCACUCACUGAGCCGAGAACUGCUCAUAAAGGAAGGAACAUCUAAAUUUGCCACUCUGGAGCUGAACCCGAAACGAGCCCAGAAGCGGCAGCAGCCACAGAGAGAUCUGACAGUGAUGCAGGGAACCAUUCCUUAUCUGGGAACUUUCCUCACAGAUCUGGUGAUGAUGGACACGGCCAUGAAAGACUAUCUGGAUGGUGGCCUGAUCAACUUUGAGAAGAGAAGAAAGGAGUUUGAGGUCAUUGCUCAGAUCAAGUUGUUACAGUUGGCAUGUAAUAAUUAUAAUUUUCAGCGUGUGCCUGGUUUCAGUGCGUGGCUCUCCAGCGUGGAGAAGCUGACAGAGGCAGAGAGUUACAGUCAGUCGUGUGAGAUUGAGCCGCUCUCUGAAUCGGCCUCCAACACUCUCAGAGCCAAGAAGAGUUCUGGAAUCAUGAAGAGAUGGAGCGAUCGUCAGCCGGUGGGUUCUGGUGAAGGUGGUUCCAGCAGUUCUCACUCAAAGUCUUUCGAUCAGCUGCGUUUCCCACCGUGUGUGAGCGGUUCGGUGGGCGAUGGCUGCGACUCUCUCAGUGUGACGUCUGCGGGCUCGAGCAGUUCUGACGUGGAAGAGGUCAACAUCAGCUUUAUCUCUGACUCACCAGACGCUUUGGAGAGGAAGAUGUCAGCGCCCUUCGUAAAACAUUCCAAUUCUACCUUAGGAAAGUGCGGCCCGCCAGGAGACCUGACACCAACGUUCUGGGAGUCCACGUCUCUGUCAUCUCUGGACGCGUCAGGUCUCGGCUCAGGUUCUGGCUCCAGUAGUGCCUCCUCGUCUUCGGUGUCGUCCACACCGGUCACAGCGUCCCGCUCACACAAGCGCUCCGUCUCGGGCGUGUCCAGUUACUCGUCUCUGUCCCUGCCGCUGUACAACCAGCAGGUGGACGAUUGCUGCAUCAUCAGAGUCAGUCUGGACGUGGACAACGGAAACAUGUACAAGAGUAUACUGGUGACCAGUCAGGAUAAGACUCCAGCAGUGGUCAGGAAAGCCAUGGUUAAACACAACCUAGACCGGGAGAGAGCCGAAGAUUACGAGCUGGUUCAGAAAAUCAGUGAAGACAAGGAGCUGAAGAUUCCUGAAAAUGCCAACGUUUUUUAUGCCAUGAACUCCACGGCCAACUACAACUUUGUGUUGAAGAAGAGAGGUUUCCCCAGAACGGGUCGAACCAAACACGUGGCUAGCUCCACGCUGCCUCGAAUGAAACAGAAAGGUCUUAAAAUCGCUAAGGGAAUCUUCUGAACUCACAAACUCUGCUCACGAUUGGAUUUAAGCGUUCAGCAGAUCCGGCCGGCACCGCUCAGACUUGUAAAGGUGUCAUGAGGAGUUUGGCAGGGACUGCCGAUCUUUAUGUUUACAGCCAUUCCUGAAACUCCUAAACCACUUUCCACAUCAGCCUUCAUCUGUGAUGUCACUACCAGGUCUGCUUCUGAUGUCACUUCCUGUGGGCUGUAAGCUGUUUUUUUCUGUCAAAGGACUGAACUGGCAUCAGACAGGAGAAUGCAGGCAGUUUGGACGCUUGUGACAUCUGGUGUUCCUUUCAGUCAAUGUGAAACGCCGUUCACAACCCAUUUUACUGUAAUCUGAUGUAUUUCUAAGUGAAACAGGAUGUUAAGUGAGAAAAACUGUAGGGCAGGACUCGAUGUUAGCCAUGGGGGAAUUGACUGGAUGGUGAGAUUGGAGCCAGAUGGUUGGAGGGGUUGAAAAGUAAGAGGGACAUUGAUGACGUCCGCCAAGAAAAGUCGUUUCAGGACAAAGACAGAACUAUUUUUUCAUUGGAAAAACAUCCACUGAUGAAUCGUUCACAUUAACACCAGGAGCGAGUAUUAGGAAAGUAAACAGAGUCAUUUAUUUCAUGUUGACUGAAGUAUGGUUCAGACUCCUGCAGGGGUACCAGAAUGCAUCUCUUUUCUUCAUGAUUUAGUUCUCACGGCGAGUGUUUCAAACACUCAAUAUUUUGAUCAUAGUAACAGCAAGUGUCUGAAAUAAAAAUUAGAUGCCCUGAGUUUUGAGGAUUUGCACAAUGUUUUGGGUGUGUUGUCGAUGUUGUUGUCGUGGUAUCGUUCAAUCCUGCCUUGUGAUUGGCUGAAGAGAGAAAUGUAAUGUUAAAUUGCACAGAAAAAGAGAUGAGAGUUUUGAUGAGUUUGUUUUUGUACCUGUAGUUCAGCGAUUGUCCAUGACUGAAUGCACACAUGACUGAGUGGCAGCGACCUGCCAUAUUUCCAGAACUCAGAUCUUUUAUACACAACUGUGUGCGUCUGUGUGCGCGUGCAUGAGCUUGCUAUGUGUGUUCUUAAAGUCCCUGUAUGUAUGUUCGUGUCUUGUGUUUUAUAACUGAAAGGGCCAAAGAUCUCUGCUCAUUUCACAAGCGUGUCCGUCUCUUGAGGUCAGCACUGCCUGUUCAGGAAAAUCAGUCUUUUCCCAAGAUCUGUCCGAUCAGUUUGGAAUACCACACAUAUCUGGUGCCAUUUGUCUUUUUCACUGUCAAAAGAGAAAGGAAGAAGACUUUAUUAACUCACACACUCUGUUUUUGUAUGGUUUUUUUUUUUUUUUUUUGUAAUUUUUGUACAAUAUGAAUUGUCCUUUGUACUUUUGCCUUUUAUUUGGUUUGUGUGUGUUUGCCGGUGUAUUUAUUGAUUUGUAAAUACUUUUUGUAGCAUUGUACAUUUAGUUUCUUCUCCCAUGUAAUUAUAAAUUAAUAUGUAAAUAUGAAUAUAUCUAUGCGAAGUUUAUACCACUGCAAUUAUAGGUUUGUGUUUCUUUCAGCUCCCUGUUGGGUUUCUGUUUGUCUUGUUUUUUAUGGGUUAAAUUUGAUAUUGUUUCCCUCAUGAUGCACUGUUUCUAAUAUUGGAGAAAACACUAAUAAACACAUGCAGUGCGAUUCA